AAUGUAGAGGUUAGGUUAGAUUCACGUUGCUUACAAAGUUGCAAUAUUUACUACUGUUGAUUUCGUGCUUUAUGUGUUAAAUAUUAUUUAUUUUCUUCCGUAAAUUGUAAAAAAAAUUGGUUAUCAAGAUGGCAAUGGCAAUGCUGCAACGUCGGGCCAAUGUAAGGUUGCCCCCAGAAGUAAAUAGAAUUCUCUACGUCAGAAAUUUGCCAUACAAAAUCAGUGCCGAGGAAAUGUAUGACAUUUUCGGAAAAUACGGAGCCAUUAGACAGAUUAGAGUAGGUAAUACAGCAGAAACACGAGGCACAGCUUUUGUCGUGUACGAGGAUAUUUUUGAUGCUAAAAAUGCAUGCGACCAUUUGAGUGGUUUCAAUGUUUGUAAUAGGUAUUUAGUAGUUUUGUACUACCAAAGUAAUAAGGCAUUCAAGAGGGUUGACUUGGACAAAAAGCAAGAUGAACUAGAAAAACUAAAGACCAAAUUCAAUCUUGACGAGAAGAAAUAAAACGUUUUUAACACGAAGGAAAUCAACAACUGGGAAAUCGGUUUCUCAUCUCAAAAUCGAUAUUCCAUAGAAAAAUAGGAUCUUCAAUUUGUCGGAUAAUUGGAGAAAUUUCAUGAGCGGUAAGCAACAAUCAAGAGCGGAAGUUUAUUGAAUAUAUAGAAUAUAAUUCCAUUUCGUGACAAAUUACAAGUGUAUUAAGUUGAGACAGGCGCGUUUUCAGUCGGCCACCCACACAGAGGGACGAGUCGACGUUCUCGUGUGACUGCAGUGUUACUCGGUCGCCUCGUGGGGGAAUUACGUUUUGCGACUGCUUUUUCUUCGCGUAAAUAGCAAGCUGAUCUUAUCGAUUGUUGUUUUCUUUUUUUUAACAAAGUAUGAAAAUUACGAACGAACGUGAAUCGCAUAUAGAUAUACCAAAUGUCAUAUGAGUGCUGUGGAGACGGCCAUGCCGCAGGUGAUGCAUUUCAAACGUCAUUGAGUGAAUUCUUUAAAAUAAUUUUCGAUUUUUUUCAUAAAUUCUGGACAUACUUGGAUUUUUCUUCUAAUUUGUUGUUUGUUUCUUUACUGACGAGUACAUUUGUUAUUAUUGUCGGUGUGAAUUAUUUUUUCUCGUCAAGUUGCUCGCUAUUGGCUGACAAUUGGUUGCUGCGCGAUAGGUCGCGUGGCGACGAGACUCAGAAGCAGCAGACUAUUUCACCGGGUCCCACGUUGGAAAGGGCUAUGAAUGAUCUGGAGAAAUGACGAGGGAGGAGGGAAAGGAGGGAUUCGCCUGCUUUCUUGUUCGCAUUUUUUUAAAAAGAGGUGGGUUUUAAAGUACAUGUGUGCACUUCAUGGAAACUAAAUUGCUGCUUCAAAAGAUAAAUUGUAUGGCUCAUUGAAGUUUGAAAUUGUGAGAUAAUUGUAUUUUUCUUUCGUUAGGGUCGAAUAGAAUGUAAGCGGUCAGAAAAGAACUCUUUUAAUAUUUAGAAACUAGAUAAUAAUCAAUUUUUCUAUGAGUGUAGAAUUUUAGAUGUACGACAUCGGAAGGGACUAGAUUUGUACAAAAAAUUCUUUACAUAAGAAUAUAUUGUAUAUUUACAAUGUAAUAAUACUUCCUCUAUGAGGAAGAAAUAAUAAACAUUCUACUUUGAAAA